AUGGAGCGUCAAAUCGAGACGCUUAUUCGACUCAUGAUCGUAAACAUACUCAUCCUAUCGUCACCGGUUUACGCAUCUCAAGCCUUACUCGGCUGCCCCGAUCGGUGUGGCGACUUGCAGAUACCAUAUCCAUUCGGAACAAGGGAAGGGUGUUACCUAAACAAAAAUUUCUUGAUUACCUGUAACACAACUCAUUUCGAUCCCCCGAGGCCAUUUCUCCGGACCGGCAACAUUCAAGUUACGAAUAUAUCCAUCUCCGGUGAGCUUCAAAUCUUGCACUUUGGAGCCAAAGAUUGCUACCCCAAAAACAAUAGCGUCGACGCACGUCGGACCUCCGCCACUCUCAACUUAUCCACGUUCACAGUUUCCAGUACCAAAAACAAGUUCACUGUUAUCGGCUGUGAUACAUACGCUUUUCUUUCUGGCCAAAUCGAGGGGCAAAGCUAUAGAACAGCAUGCGUGGCGUUGUGUGAUAACAUCACCACCGUAAGAGAUGGCGCCUGCUCAGGUAAUGGGUGCUGUCAGCUUGACAUCCCUAGCGGCUUAAAGGGUUUGAGAUAUAGGGUGCGCAGCUUCGACAAUCACACCGACGUCUUGAGCUUUAAUCCAUGUGGGUAUGCCUUUGUGACCGAGGAAGACAAGUUUCAUUUCUCGGCGGCUUAUAUUCGUGAUUUCCCACAAAGGCAAGUUCCUGUUGUGCUUGAUUGGGGUAUUAGUAAUACCACUUGCUCCACGGCUAACAAAAAAAGUAAUUGUGUUUGUGGGCCCAAUAGCAUGAUGGUUAACCCUCUGCCUGAUGGAUCUGAGUAUCGUUGUGGGUGCUUGGAUGGGUUUGAGGGUAAUCCUUAUCUUCCUCGAGGAUGUCAAGAUAUUGAUGAAUGUAGGGAUGAAAGGCUGAAUGAUUGCAAGUUUGAGUGUGUUAACACUGAAGGGAACUAUACUUGUAAUUGUCCGGAGGGUUUUAAAGGUGAUGGACGACGUGGGGGUGAAGGUUGCACUCGAAGCUCCAAGUCUUUUGUUCAAGUUAUCAUUGGAGUAUCCGUGGGGUUCACAGUCUUAGUAAUUGGGAGUACAUGGCUAUACUUAGGCUACAGAAAAUGGAAGCUCAUCAAACUAAAAGAGAAGUUCUUCGAGGAAAAUGGAGGCUUAAUGCUUCAACGACAUCUCUCUCAAUGGAAAUCAUCCACAGACAUGGUCACAAUCUUCACCCAAGAGGAGCUAGACAAGGCCACAAACAAGUACGAUGAAAGCGCCGUGAUUGGAAAAGGCGGCUACGGCACAGUCUACAAAGGCAUCUUACCCGACGGCUCAGUAGUAGCAAUCAAAAAAUCAAAAUUAGUGGACCAAUCCCAAACAUCCCAAUUCAUCAAUGAAGUCAUUGUUCUUUCCCAAAUCAACCAUCGAAACGUGGUCAAGCUCUUAGGGUGUUGUUUAGAGACCCAAGUCCCAUUAUUGGUCUACGAGUUCGUCACCAACGGCACCCUCUUCGAUCACAUCCAUGACACUACCAAACACGUCCCACUUUCUUGGGAAGCUCGCUUGAGAAUCGCUUCGGAAACAGCCGGGGUCAUUUCGUAUUUGCAUUCAUCAGCUUCCACUCCAAUCAUCCAUAGAGAUAUCAAGACGACCAACAUACUUUUAGACGAUAAUUACAAUGCAAAGGUCUCUGAUUUCGGUGCUUCCAAAUUGGUUACAUUGGAUCAAACUCAAUUAUCCACUAUGGUUCAAGGGACUCUUGGAUAUUUGGACCCGGAGUAUUUGUUAACGAGUGAGUUGACGGAGAAGAGCGAUGUGUAUAGCUUUGGAAUUGUACUUCUAGAGCUGAUAACCGGGAAGAAGGCGGUGAGUUUCGAGGGGCCGGAAGCGGAGAGGAAUUUAGCUAUGUAUGUUCUAUGUGCAAUGAAGGAAGAUCGGUUGGGGGAGGUUGUGGAGAAGGGAAUGGCGAGGGAAGGGGAGUUUGGGCAGAUAAAAGAAGUGGGGAAGGUGGCGAGGAAGUGCUUGAGAAUUAGUGGGGAGGAGCGGCCGAGCAUGAAGGAGGUGGCUAUGGAGUUGGAGGGUUUGAGAGUGAUGGUUGAACAUGAGUGGGUUAAUGAAGAAAAUUUGGUGGCGGAUGGAGCUUCGAAUAUGUUUGUGGUGAGUGGGAGUACAAAUGUUGUGGAUGAUAGCAUGAAAGUUCAGAUUUUGCCACUGAUUCAUGAUGGAAGAUGAUGAAUUGUUUGAUGAGCUCAAGAUUGUUGGUUACUCAAAUCGCAUAUAGUUUGAAUUUCAAUUCCCAACUUCAUUAUGUACUAAAUGUUUUGGAGUU